AUGGCAUCGGAACACAUGGUCACCAAGGUUUUGUUGGAAUGGAUCAACAGCUUUUCGUUGGGAAAGACACUCCGAGCCACCGAUGAAUUGACCGAUGGGAUUAUCCUAUGGGAGAUCCUCCAGGACAUUGACCCUCAGUAUUUUCUCGAGGGAAUCCCAGAGCGCAACCCAUCUGACCAUUGGGUGGCCAAAUGGCAGAACUUGAAGCACAUCCACAAGCUUCUCCUCAACUACAUUCGGCACCAAAACGAUGACACCUUACCCUCCGGUCUCGACCCGUCGCCUGACCUCGAAGCGAUUGCCGAGAAAGCGUCCGGCAAAGAGACGAACAAGCUGCUAAAGCUUCUCCUGAUCGCGGCUAUCAGCUCCCCGAACGCCGGUACAUAUGUGCAAACCCUCCAGGAACUAAGCACUUCGACACAAGAGGGGCUCAAGGAUAUAAUUGAGGAGGCGCACAAUGGUCAACAUGAACCAAUGGACGCCGCAGAUGAGCUCCGGGAGGACUUGGCCAAACGCGAUCGUCCCGUGGACCUCGAACUGCAGUUUGAAGAGCGCGUGGGAAAGGUGCUUGCCGAGAAUGAUCGUCUGACACAUGAGAAAAAGGAGUUGGAGAAGGCACUGGAGGACUUGCACAACCGCCUGGCGCGCCUUCAGGAGAACAACGAUACCCUCCAAAACCGCCUUGCUUCCACCGAGGACCGGCUCGUCACAUUAAAAUCUGGAAAGGGUGAUGUCGGGUUCAAUGCAAAGGCAUUAGAAAGCAAGACUCGCCAACAGGAUGACCUCAUUGCGUCCCAAGAAGCGAAAUUGACCGCCGCGCAAGACGAAAUUGACAGUCUUCGCAUGACCGUCGAGUCCUUGCGCGUCAAGAACCAACGCUAUCAGAAGCUACAAGAUGACUAUGAUGAACUCCGGACUGAGAAGGAUCAGCUUGCGCGCAAGGCUAACGCUGCUGAGAAAUACCGCCAGAAACUGCAAGCCAGCCAAGAUUUCGAGAAAGAGAACCAAACUCUCAAGAAUCAGAUCAAAGAUAUCCAGCAACAGCUCAAGGAGUCAGACUCGCAGCAGCGAUGGUCUUCAGAACGCGAUGUGGAACUGGAGGAAUAUCGCAAGCUUCUGCCACGUAUUGAGCAGGAAUGCAACGAGAUCCAGAACCUCAAGAAACAGCUUGAGUUCAACAACCACGCCUUAACAGAGCGAUUGGAAAGUGCAGACGAACAGCAUGAAAGGGACGAUGCCUUGAUCAGCGAAUUGCGCGAGCGCCUCGGGGAAAUGGACGGUUUGCCAGGCAGUCCGUCCCCUGGUUCUGAGACACCAAAGAUGCAAGGAACAUUGCACAAGGACUUUGAAGCCAUCGGUGUCAAAGAGUCUCAGCUCAAAUCUGAGAAUGAUGACCUGAAGCGGGAAAUGGAUUCUCUCAAGGCACCUUCGACAGCUCCGGAAUCCCACACAGAGGGUUUCUCUGAAGGCUUUGCUGCGUCUGUACAGCUGGCACGCGCCAACUCUACACAAAGUGACGAGUACUGGAAACUCUACGAGAACUACACUGGGGUACUCAAAAAGAUUGCAGAGGUCCAAGAUACUUUGGAAACUGCCAAGAAGGACCUCGCAGAUACACAGACCGAACGUAAGGCAGCCAUUACUUCACAUUCUUCUCAAGUACCUAUUGCUGACAUUCUCAAAGUUGGACUUGUCAACGAGGAGCAGGUUGACAUGCUUCGCGGCCUCGAAGAGCACAAUUCAGCUGAAUUGACAAAAAUCCGCGGUGAUUGGGAUAGUCUCACCCAUAACGUCCAUCACUUGGAGGCUGAGGUUGAUGCCAGCCAGACUCUAGUGCGCGAAGUCUGCGCAGAGCGAGAAGAGCUGCGCAAAAUGCUCGACAAUAAGCAGAGUGAAAUCAGCUCGGAGGACCAGGAAGUGAUGAAAGAGAUGCAGAUGCUGCUGGGCGAGUUUGAGACUCACAAUGAAGGCGGCGAAGUACCUCAGAAAUCGAGCUUUGACCUGUUAAAACAGUGCGCUGGAGUUCUGGAGAAGAAUGUUGAGCGGCUUGCUCAACGUGCAGAGUAUAUCCAGCAACAGAAUGAGCUCGUCAAGUCGCUGCGUGAGCGUAUGAAGAACUACGAAGAGAACCUGGACGAUGGCAUCCCGAAGGAACGAGAGCUUGAACUCCAGAAGAUUAUUGAUAGCCAAGCCCGAGAGUUAAGCCUCGUGGGCUCGGCUUGGUAUCACCUCCAGAGCCGGUGGCAGAAUAACAACAUGACGGUAUCACGAUAUCGACAUGGAGCCAGCACAGCAGAUUCCAAGGGCUGGUUAGCAAAGCAACGAAGUGCUGUUGCCGGUCAAUAG